AUGAGACAAGAGGAGAUCUGGAACGGCCUGUCGAUUAGCGAGCUGUUCGGUAAACCAGCAUAUCCGUCUAGUCAUCAGAUGGAAUACGUCAAGUCAUUGCUCAAGCCUAUCAGCAGUGAAGUUGGGCUCCGGGACUUCGAGCGCGAUGUGGUAGAAAACGCGGUUCAGAAGUUGGUCGAUCGAGCGAACACAGAUCCAUUGCUGCGAAGUUCUCUCGGUAUCCAGGGAACAGUGACGUAUGAAAGCCACACAAAUCUCGGCACGACUGACGAUCUUAUAUCUGAGCCCAUGGAACACAUGUCACUGGACCGAGAUGACACAGGUGCUACAGCGCAAGGAUCUGCCCCGAAGCAGGCGCCAGCUCCCAAGUCCCGUCGCAAAGCGAGGGGAAAGGGCAAUCGGGCGGAUCAAUUUUGUAUAUACAGGACUUCAGAAGGCCGAAAUGUCCCAGCCCUUGCUAUCGAGUACAAGGCACCACACAAAUUAAGUCUCGACGAAAUCAUCACUGGUCUUGAGGCGGAAAUUCAGCCGGAACGUGAUGUGAUUAACAAGGACAGUCAGGGCUUUGUCUUGACUGCCCGACGCCUUGCCGCCGCUGUGGUCACUCAGCUCUUCUCGUACAUGAUCGGCAAGGGCAUUCAGUUUGGUUAUAUAUGCACGGGUCAGGCAUUAGUCUUCCUUCAUAUCCCGAACGAUCCUUCCACCGUCUACUUCUCGGUAUGCGUGCCAAAUCAAGACGUAAUGGACGACGACGAGACGAGGCUCCAUCGUACAGCCGUUGCACAGGUUUUCGCUUUCAUUCUCCAGGCUCUCCGCGCCAGGCCACCACCUCAGAUGUGGCAUGACGCGGCCGAGACACUCGGUAUCUGGACUGUCGAGUACGAUGAUAUUCUGAGGGAUAUCCCACCAUCGGAGCGCAAACGCAAAGAGCCACGUGCCUCUCCUUAUAGACCACAACGUUGGAAGGGCUUUAAGAGAUCCCCAAUUCGGACUCGCUCCCGCUGCCAGCAACGAGGCACCAAUGUUGAACAGCCGAAGGAGGAAGACGAAGAUCCCCCUUCCCCUACUCCAAAUCCAUCUCGCACAAGUGGGAAAUUGUUACCCUCGAUGAGCAAAAGCUCAAGCUCGAAGAGUGGGAGUCAAGGACGGCGCAGUGGCCGGCAGCAAGAGCGGGGCGUAGUAAAGAAGUCGGAUAUUCAAGACCGGCCAUUCUGUACUCAGCGUUGUCUCCUAGGAUUAGCACAUGGCAGACCCUUAGACAAGAGCUGUCCCAGCGCAAGUUAUCAUGGGCAAAGGCACAUUAGUCGACUUCAGUUCCUGCGGCUCGUCCGACACCAACUUGCUGUAGACCGUGGAUAUGAUGCAGAUUGCGCGCCGCUCCAUAGAUCUGGCUCGCGUGGGUCACUCUUCAAGGUGCGGCUGACAUCUCACGGCUACACACUAGUUGCCAAAGGCGUUGAGGGCGUAGAUCUUGUCUGCCUGCAGCACGAAAAGGAUAUGUAUGACCAACUCCAACCCCUCCAGGGAGAGUACGUCCCUAUAUGCUUGGGCAUUAUUGAUCUGGCCCUACCAUAUUAUUAUGACAGCGGCAUUUGGGUGCAUUUCAUGUUCCUUAGUUGGGCUGGACAACCAAUUCUUGACUGUGUUGACCCGGCGAUGAAAGCAGGUAUUGCCACCGCUGUUUCCAUGGCCUACAGAGCAGUGCACAAGUUGCGCGUUCUUCACCAUGACGCACAGCCCCGUAAUAUCCUAUACAAUACGACUAGUCGUGGGUUUAUGGUUGUGGAUUUUGAACGCGCAGAGUUCCGCUGUCGCCGGCCGUUGGCCUCAAUUGAGCCGAACCUGAAUCGGAAGAGAAAGCGUAGGGCAGUACAGAAACAAAAGAAGGACGACUUUGCGAGAGAGCUGGAGUCUGCCGUGGCAAAUGCAUUAAGUUGUGUCGCGAACUUACCCUUUUGA